AUGGAUCACCUGUUGAUGCUGUUGCUGUUGCUGUGGAGCUCAGAGGAGAGAGAGGAGUCCUCAGGGAGAUCUGUGUGGUUGUUCGACUGUGCCUGUUAUCUGUAUGGAUCUGCUCUGAGGGAGUGUUUAACAUCAUGGUCCUCUCCCUUCAUCCUGGAUCUCACCUGCUCAGACUCCAGACCUGUCAGGCUGGUGGAUGGGACUAGUCUGUGCUCAGGUAGACUGGAGGUGAAGUCCAACCAGAGGUGGUCCUCAGUGUGUGAAGAUGACUUUGACCAGCAGGAUGCAGAGGUGGUCUGUAGGGAGCUUGGCUGUGGGACUCCUUCAGUCCUCCAGGGGGCGCUCUAUGGAGAAGUGGAGGCUCCAAUGUGGACCAAAGAGUUCCAGUGUGGAGGCCACGAGUCUGCUCUCCUGGACUGUAGAAGCUCAGGCUCAGAUAGAAACACCUGCUCACCUGGCAAAGCUGUUGGACUCACCUGCUCAGAACCUGUCAGGUUGGUGGGAGGAGACAGUCGCUGUGCAGGAACACUGGAGGUGAAACAUCAAGGAGACUGGAAAGCAAUAGAAUACUCUUUCUGGACCCUGGAGGCAUUAUCUGUUGUCUGUAGAGAGCUGGACUGUGGCUCUGCUGUUUCUGUAGGACGGAGAGAGGAGUCCUCAGAGAGAUCUGUGUGGUUGAUCUACUCUCUCUGUGUUCAGUCUGGAUCUGCUCUGAGGGAGUGUUUAACAUCAUAUUCCUCUUCCUUCAUCCUGGAUCUCACCUGCUCAGGCCAGAAGGGGGAGGAAGCCGGGCAGACGGGAGAACAUUGAGCUGGAUGAGUUUAACCUGGGUGUUCCUGCAGCUGAAGAAGAAGGAGCUCAGGGAGCAGAGUAGCUCCUCCAAGGAGCUCAUCUCACAUCCAGAUGGAUUUCUAACACACAGCCACCAUCAGCUCAU